AUGCCACGUCGUUUCUUCCUUCCACCAUCACCAUCACCAUCCACCCCACCAUUUCAAGCCACGACGACCGCCCGCGACAUCGACGUCGACCACGACCACGACGACGACCUCACUGACGACGACGACCACGCUGACAGUGCACGACGACACGCAACGUCGUCAACAACGACCCCGCCAUUGCAAGAGCCACACGACGUGGCAACGCCACGUCACACGGAUGGGAGGCGACGACGACGACGCGGAACGUCAAUGGACGUUCCGCCUCGACUGCAGCCCAGGUGCCACGUCACGAAUACAUUGAUGGAUGAGGGAGAUGAGUUCAUUCGUUUGAUUCUUAUUCAUGUGGGUAUCAAGAAUCAAUUCUGCCAGUUCAAAAUCGAGACGAGAACGGAAAGGUUUCCAUGGCUCAGGAUCAACUGGAAUGUCAACACUAUCGAGAUCCUGGAAAUUGCUUUUGUACUCAUCAAAGCUAAAGAAUUGAGGUUGGCAUCCGCUUCUUGGAUGGUACUCCACUUUGAUGUCAUUGAGCUGUGGUGCCUGCUCAAAUGGACUAGAGGACCCUUUGUCAGUAUGGACUUCACCAUGGGGCUCGGUGUUGUUGUUAUCGGUGUUGUUGAUCGUUUCAUUUUCAUUGAAUAUUGCUAUGUUUGCAUCAUAGGCUGGGUAACAUAA